AUUCUCCAUCUAUCCAUCACUCAAAAUGUCUGUCGAAACAGAAGUCAAGCUCAGCAAGGAAGAGCGCCGCGCUCAGAAGGAGGCCAAGCGUGCCCGCAAGGCCGCUAAGGCUGCCGCUGCCACCGAGGCUGGCGAGGAGAUCCCCAAGAAGGACAAGAAGCGGUCGCGUGAGGACGACGGAGAGGAGAGCAAGAAGAAGGAGAAGAAGGAGAAGAAGCAGAAGAAGGACAAGUCGGGCGAGUCGACCCCAGCGCUCGCCACUGGCGCAUCUACCCCCGCCGAGACGGCUCUCCAGACCCCCGCCGAGGGCGAGGCCGCUCCGCUGUCGAAGAAGCAGCUCAAGAAGCUCAAGGCAGCCGCCGCCGCCGCCGCCGCCGCCGCCGCCGCCGAGACUACUGAGGCGUCCGCGCCCGUCCCCACGGACUUCACGGCGGCCGACAAGGCGUACCUGGCGGAGCAGAACAUCACCCUCGAGCCUGCCCUCUUCCCACCCCACCUCGACAUGUCCACCCUCCCUGUCACCCCCGCCAUUGUCGCGUUCUUGAAGGCGUUCCCCAAGCCGACGCCAAUCCAGGCCGUCUCGUGGCCCGCGCUUCUUGCGAAGCGUGAUGUUGUCGGUAUCGCCGAGACCGGCUCGGGCAAGACGCUGGCGUUUGGUGUGCCGGGCAUUCAACAUCUCUCGUCGCUCCCCAAGCCGGGCAAGAACGGCAAGGGCAAGCUCGCCAUGCUCGUGCUUGCACCUACCCGUGAGCUCGCACAGCAGAGCUUCGACACUCUCGUCAAGCUUGGCAAGGAGGCUGGCAUCAAGGCUGUCGCGCUUUUCGGUGGUGUGGGCAAGCACGACCAGAUCCGCGACAUCCGCGCGGAGGGUACGCGCAUCGUUGUUGGUACCCCGGGCCGCACCCUGGACCUCGCGGACUCGGGAGAUCUCGAUCUCUCAUCGAUCUCGUACCUCGUCCUUGACGAGGCGGACCGUAUGCUCGACCAGGGUUUCGAGCAGGACAUUCGCCGCAUCAUCGCCCACACCCCCAACCACCCCAAGCGUCAGACCGUCAUGUUCUCUGCGACAUGGCCCGAGUCUGUGCGCCGCCUGGCGUCCUCGUUCCUCACCAGCCCUGUCAAGGUUACGGUGGGGUCUGACGAGCUUUCGGCCAACAAGCGCAUCACGCAGGUCGUCGAGGUCUUCGACAACCCGCGUGACAAGGACCAGCGCCUUCUUUACCACCUCCGCCAGCACCAGAAGAGCAACCCCGGUGCGCGUGUCCUCGUGUUCGGGCUGUACAAGAAGGAGGCGCAGCGUCUUGAGUACACAAUCCGUCGCGCCAACUUCAAGGUCGGCGCGCUGCACGGCGACAUGGGUCAGGACGCUCGCUUCAAGGCCCUCGACGCGUUCAAGGAUGGCUCGGUCAACGUCCUCGUUGCGACUGAUGUUGCCGCGCGUGGCCUCGACAUUCCCGACGUCGCCCUCGUCAUCAACGUCACGUUCCCGCUUACUACUGAGGACUUUGUCCACCGCUGCGGCCGGACAGGCCGUGCGGGCAAGACCGGACGGGCAGUAACGUUCUUCACGGGCGAGAACCACGAGAAGUCGCUUGCUGGCGAGUUUAUGCGCGUCCUCCGUGACGCCGGUGCCGAGAUCCCCAAGGAGAUGGACCGCUUCCCAUCCACCAUCAAGAAGAAGGAGCACGGAGCCUAUGGUGCAUGGUUCAAAGACACGACUGACGCGCCCGCCGCGACGAAGAUCACGUUCGACUAGAGCUAGAAGAGGGGAGACGCGCUCCGCACGGAUUGGCACUCCACCGCCACAUCCACACUGCCACAUCCACAUCGCCACAUUGCAUCGCAGCCUUCCAGGUAGACCGCAGAGAGCCUGGCGUCGGGGCUUUUGUCACUUGUCUGUAGAGUCAUGUACUGUAUGCAUCGGGAUACCCGUUUG